AAAUUUCAGGACCAGCGUGACCUCGACAAGGGUGUCAGAGUGUUUACUUGGGCGCGCAUAAUGUCAAAAUGCAUCGGAGUGUGGCCAUUAGACCCCAAUUAUUAUCUCUUCAAUCUAAGUUUUUUAUAUUUUACGUACAUAAUGUUUACCGAGUACGUUAAUUUGUUUUACUGCCUUCCAAAUUUAAAAAAAGUCGUCAACAAUCUCACCGAAAAUCUGGCUUUCACGCAUAUUUACGUUAGAACUUUGAUGCUAAGAGUUCACAUUGAAAAAUUACGUGAAAUUAUUUCUGAAUCUUUGAAGGAUUAUCAUGUCAGUGCGUAUAAAAAUUCUGAAGAAGUUUACCUGUUUAUGAGUUACAUGAAGAAAGGUAAAUUUUUUGUUAAAUAUGCUACAAUUUUCGUCGCUAUGACCGUCACUUCAUGGUUCAUCCGUCCGAUAACAUCAUCUUCAGCUCAAGCACCUCACAAUUCAACAAUCACAAAAUUUACUUACGUUUUGCCUUACAAAUUCCACGUUUUCUACCCAAUCAACAGCUACCGUUCUUAUGUUCUGACUUACAUCUCGCAUGGUCCAUUCGCUUUUAUCAGCGGAUUGGGCCACGUUACUUCAGGAUGUUUUCUAAUAAUGCUUUCGUUCCACGUAAGCGGAAGGCUAGCCGUUUUGGCGACGAGGAUCGAUGCCCUGAAAUACAGAAAAGAAGGACAUAGAAAAGAGCUUAAUGAAAUUAUUUUUGAGCACAGCCGAUUACUGAAUAUGGGCGAGGGGAUAAAAAAGGCAUAUGCUACAUCAUUAUUGAUAUACUUGAUGAACGGAAGUAUAUUAAUCUGCAUUAUUGGUUACCAAAUAUUGCUAAUCUUUACUCUAGGGAUCAAGAAAAAUUUGACGCCUUUCUUUGUUUUUAUAAUGACGGUGUAUCUUGUAAUAACUAUUUUUUGUAUAUUGAGUGAACAUCUCAUUGCAGAGUCGAAGAAAGUUUCAAAUGCAUUUUGGAAUUGUCAGUGGUAUAAUAUGGACCAAGAUUGUACAAAAGAUAUUAUUUUUUGUAUCAAACGCUCGCAAAAACCGCUCUGUCUCCGUGCUGGAGCUUUUGUUACAUUCGGUAACAACACAUUAACAGAAGUGACAAAGACGGCCAUGGGAUACUUGAGUGUUCUGAGAAAUUUUUUACUUGCAGAACAAUCU